AUGGCUUCCCUUACUAAACGAGAACUGGACUUUCAAUCACGAACCUUCGAGUAUCCAGGGACAGAACUAGGAGCCAAUGAAGCUCAGAUUCGCCUUCUUGAAGUUCUUCCAGGCCAAGGAGAAGAUCCAGUACGAUGUAUUCUUACAUCUGUCAAUUUUGAUGCGACCCAUGAAGCUGAUGCCCUCUCUUACACAUGGGGUCUUCCACCAGCUGCGAAUAUCAUCUUCGUCAACGAUGAACCUUUCCGCAUCAGGAACAAUCUAUUCAAUGCCCUUCUUCAUUUAAGGCAGCCUUCCUCUGGAGUCAUGUUAUGGGUUGAUGCAAUUUGUAUUAAUCAGUCCGAUAUUGAUGAGCGAAACCACCAAGUCCAACGAAUGGCCGACGUGUUUAGUCGUGCGCGGAGAGUUUUGGCUUGGUUAGGACCAGAGACAGAAAGUAACCGAGAAGCGUUUUCCUUUCUUUCGCAAACCUACCUUCGGAGUCCUUAUAACCGCAAAGAGCUAAUGGAUGAUCCUCGUUGGGUUGCCUUCAAGGACUUGUGCGAAAUUGAGUACUGGAAAAGAGUUUGGAUUGUACAAGAGAUUUGCCUUGCUUCACGAGCUGUGAUUUGUUGUGGCAGGCAACAGAUUCCAUGGAAAUAUCUUUCUGAAUUACGGAAAUCUCGCAAGCAUAUUUGGCCUCAGUAUUUGUCUUCUGGAGAACGACAAUUCAUGCGUAGUCUCCCAGCCCGACUUGACCAACAAAAAGAAGCCCGUUCAAAUGGUGGUUGCGUUCUUUGGACGCUUCUAGAAACGUUCAAGGAUUCUCUGUGUCAGGAAGUCCAUGACAAAAUUUAUGGAUUCAUGGGACUUUCUACUGAUUGUGGUGGUCGAGGUCUUACGAUUGAUUACACGAAGUCUGUGGAACAAAUCUACCAAGACGUUAUUUGCUUCUACUAUGACAAAUUUCGACAAGAAUCUUCAUCACAUUGCGCAGCUCAACUGAUGAAACUCAGCGAAUUUCUUCAAGCGCUUCUAGGCAAUCAUCCUGCAGAUGGUCAUGGUAUACAGAACCUAGCCCUAGAUGAACAAGCUGGGCCAGCCCCGUCGUCCUUUGUCUCGAUAUCAGCAUGCAAUGUUUGGACAAUCUUCAAAUUUCCGUACUCGGAUUCCGAUGAUGCGAAACUAUACGGAGUUUCUGAUUUGAUCGAUUUUCUUGACGGCAAAAUACCCUAUUCUCACCUAGGAUACUGGCGAGAUCUGGUAGAGUCUGAUCUGAAAGGCAUAGGUGAAAUAAGAGAUUCUAGGGUAUAUGCCACAAUCAAGGGCGUGAAAAACCCAUUCAAUAUAGUUCGGAAGGUUAAGCGUCCUUCUGUUUUCCUUGCCACACAAUUCGACCACGGCACCGUCAAACACGGCCAGCCAUAUGUCCUUGGCAUUGCUCCCAGUGACUCACAAACUGGAGAUAUUGUAUUGAGUUUCGUGGAUACCCAAAUCUCUUUGAUUAUGACACGCUCUCAACCUGAAAAUUCUACCACGGCAGACCCUCAGAUUAAUGUUGAAGAUAACAAGUACAUACUUAUCGGACGUGGCUGCAUAUUUAUGUCCCAUAGUAAGAGUAAGCUUCCCUUUAGGAGCCAAUUGACCGCCGAGAAGUAUGUCGAAGUAGUCAGGACAGAGUACGCUCUUACCGAAGCAGAUACGCGAAGUGAUCCGUUUCCGGCAGUUCUAUACAUCAAUCUCUCAACUUUACAACUCGUUAGCACAUCGAACACAGAUCAAUUAUUGUCUGGAUUCAACGAACACACUUUUGAUUUGUUCCCUUCCGAAAGCCCCGAGACCGCGUCGACGACAGAUAUUUACGCACAUAAGCUGCGGAAGGUUGCUGAUGACCUGGAGCUGCUAAAAAUGCAGGAAGACCCAGAGUUGAAGAGAUACGCGCUUGGCCACGGAUAUACAGCAACCACGAACCCAGGCGCUAUCGGCUACGUUAUCUCUUCGUUACAGAUAUUUUACAUCCUAAAAGCAUUCCGAACGGUAUUCUUACUUUGGCCCUUUCCUGUGCAAAGUUACUUAUUUCAAUUAGGCAGUAUUGAGUACAGAAGAAACUGCUACCUAUGGUUUGCUCAAUGAGCUUCAGAAACUAUUUUGAAAGCUUCAUACUUCUCAUCUUCCCGUAGACUCUAUGGGUGUGAUAGCCACAUUUGGAUGGGGAGAGGAGGAGAUCAAUGAACCACAGGACUUUAUGGAGUUCUGGAGAAAGCUUAUUUAUAGAAUUGAAGAAACAACAAUCGGUUCUGAGUCAACAUCUUUCCAAACGGGAUCAAUGGCGACUUAUUAUCUUGAAUUAGGAAGCGCGAGACAUGAGCAUUUCUAUGGUACUUCUGAAAAUUUCUUGUUGUCACCAAGAUCGUUACUAAACUUCGUAGAUAUGAAUUUCCGCAUGGGCUUUGGCUUGAAUCGUUUGGAAGACUCUUUAGAAGACUGUUUUGAUAUGGAAGAUACUCCAGACAAAAGGUUGACUCUUACGAAACUACCCGAAGUCUUGAUUCUGCAUGGAAACUUCUGGUAUUAUGAUGUGGUCUCUGACAGUCUGGAAAAGGUAAACUAUGUCCUGCAUAUACAGUAUGGAGCGCUUCGUAUUUCUCUAACCAACUCUGAUUAGUCGACCGAAAGAUUCGAAUUCAGCUCCGAGUUAGAUCUCGCAAAGUAAACAGAACCGUUUGUUACUGACGCACUUUAUCAGCUACACGGGUCAGUAGACUCCCCCCUUUUGCCCACAUGUAUAUCGCUAAACGUAAUUCUCUAUCUAGAGUUGUAGUACUCGAAGAAGUUAAGCCGGCACCACGGUACCUCCUUUAUCUACGCCCUAACACCGAGGAACAGUGGAUACUUUUCUUCAAGGAGACGGUUUCUUACGCGCAACGCAGUGAGGUCUUUGAGGACAACUUUCGACUUGAUAAUGAGAAGACGAAGAAUGCUCCGCUUCGAACGCCAUACGUUUUUGUUUACAUACUGAAGUGGAAGCUUGAUAAAUAUUUGGUAUGA